CUUUCUCGUCCGUGCAGCAACAAACGAUCCCGUCGGAACCUCGCCGAAACCUCGCCGGAACCUUCCCCAGGACGAAAGCCGCAUCUGCGGGCUGUAUAGAGAGAAAGAGAGGGACAGAGACAGAGGGAGGACACACAGAGCGGACAGUACAUGAUGCACCAUGACGGCCACCGCCGCCGCCCAUCAAGCCGAUGGCGACGAUGAUGAUGACGAGGACAACAAUGACCGCGACAGCAACCCCAUCAAUGGAAACACCCGUCUGCCCACUCCAUCGCCCACCCUGUCGCCCGCUGGAAGUGAUUCGGAUGCGCUGUAUGAUGGAGCUGGGCCCAAGCACAAACAGCGCCGCCGCAGCAGUGAAGCGACGCAGGCUCUCAGCUCUCAAGCACUGCACCAUCUGACGGCCUCGCCCGAGUCGCUGCCGCUGCGAUCGCUAGAUGAUGCUCUGCCUGCGCUCCGUGAGACGAGCGAGCAGCAGCAGCUCGGGAUGGAUCAAGACGCAAUGCCAGCCACGGCGUCGCCCUCCGCCAGCUCACCCGCUCCUUCGCCACGGAGGGCGCCGCGACGCCAGUCUUCUCAUCGAACUACAAAGCGCAACAAGCCUUCGCUUCCGCAGCUGCGCACUGACGAGCCACGCGAGAGGAGAGGCAGCAGCGUCACGCACAGAGCCUCGUCUACAGCAGGCGCACUUCGAUCGCCCCUACCCUCCGUGCUGCCCGUUCCGCCACUCUCAUUGCCGACGUAUCUGCACCUGGAGCUGACUUCGGAAAGGCCAUCUCCUCUGUACAUUCAUCGGCCUGCAGCUAGUGAUCACCCCUACGAGACUUCUGCUGUGAAAUUUGAGCGACUCCAUAACUUUCUGAUGCUUCCUCUGCAAUUGGAGCGCGCUCUGGUCUUCGGUGCGAUAGCGUGCCUCGACGCGUGGCUCUAUACCUUUACAAUUCUUCCUUUGAGGUUCUUCAAAGCGCUGCUGCUCCUCCUUCGCGGGCUGGGCAGAAAUGCCGCUCAGGAAUUGGUCGAUAUUGUCGGCUUCACCUAUCAAGGCAUCGGACGCAUGUGGCGGCGCCGACACUCAUCGCCGUUGCAGCACCAGUCUCAGCACCAGUCUCAGCACCAGUCUCAGCAUCAGCACCAGCGCUCUCAGCACCAGAGCCAGCAUAAAAGGCCAGAGAACGACAUGCGUCAAGGGUCAGGCGCCAGCCAUGUUCCAUCUUCUCCCCUCAGGCAAUCUCGUCAAGCAUCGAGCGCAUAUCGACAUCAGCGAACGAGAUCGAAACCCUCGGCGCUCCUUGCGAGCCAUAAAGCAGACCUGCUACAGGGCCUGUUGAUCAUUACCAGUUGCAUUGCACUCAUGUCAUUUGACGCGAGCCGAAUGUAUCACUCCAUCAGAGGUCAAGCCGCCAUCAAGCUUUACGUGAUUUACAACGUCCUCGAAGUUUUCGAUCGUUUAUUGUCUGCGCUGGGGCAGGACAUCCUGGAGUGCUUGUUUUCGCGAGAGACACUGGAGCGCAAUGCCGACGGGCGCAGCAAGAUCAUACGUCCGUUCUGGAUGUUUCUGCUUGCACUGGUCUACGUCAUUGCUCAUUCGACAGCACUGUUUUAUCAAGUCGUCGCGUUGAACGUGGCUGUCAAUUCGUAUUCGAACGCUCUUCUGACUCUACUGAUGAGCAAUCAGUUCGUCGAAAUCAAGGGCACCGUCUUCAAGAAAUUUGUCAAGGAAAACCUGUUCCAGCUCACUUGUGCUGAUGUAGUCGAACGCUUCCAACUAUGGCUCAUGCUGCUCAUUAUUGCACUGCGAAAUAUUGUUGAGGUUGGAGGCCUGAGCAUUAGUCUCAGUAGUGCGUUUGGGGACAUGGGCACCUCAGCAGAAGAAUCAGGAGCAAACGCCGCCACUGGGGUUCCACUUUUAUCUGGGCUUGUCAUUCCCAAGGCCUUCACGCUGAUGCCAAAAUGGACGGGUGAGGUCCUCGGUCCGUUCUUGAUCGUCCUGGGGAGCGAGGCGCUCGUGGACUGGUGCAAGCAUGCCUACAUUUCCAAGUUCAACAACGUGAAACCGAACAUAUAUGCUCGUUUUCUUGACGUUCUGGCCAAAGACUACUACUCACACGCUUUCGUUGAUCAGAAUUUGACGAAGCGCCUGGGGUUGCCCAUUAUUCCUCUCAGCUGCUUGUUUAUCCGAGCAAUGGUCCAGACAUACCACAUGUUCCUGGCCACUCACAUGCCAGCGCCCAUCAUCUCGAGUGCGACCUCGAUUUCAUUAGAUUCUGAUCUGUCAGAGCGGUCUUCGGUGAUCAUGGCCGCCUUGCACAACUUCGACACAGUCCUGCGCCGGGCGCUUGGAAGAUCGACGUUCGGGGCUGGCAACGAGACUGUGUAUUCCGUGGCGUGGUGGAGCCUUGACGAUUUCAUCGCACUCGCGACGAUGGUCAUAUUCUUCUUAGUUGCUUAUCUGAUACUCCUCGCUUUCAAGCUGAUGCUGGGUAUGAUGCUCCUGACGUAUGCUCGUAAUCGAUUUCGAGAUAUGAAAGCCAGAGAAGAGCAGAGCGUAGACACUCAUGGUCGUCGGGUUGGUGGCUGGGGCGCUGUCGAGGUGGAUGAAGACAAGAUGCGGUGGAUAUAUGAAGACGAUGCCGAUGGCUUGGCCAAUCUGAAAGGAAAGGAAAGCAGAGGUCGGCAGAACGCUACUACUGCUGAGCAGGGGCCUCUCAAGCUGGACAAGGUUGAACGGUACAGCAUGAUUGGCAAGCGCAUAUGGUGAAGAACAGACUCUCCUUGCCACUCCAAGUCUGUCGUCGGACAUUGUACGUUUGUGGAGGAAUGAUGAAGAAGGGUAAGGUCGAUACCUAUGUGUAAGGGACGCAUCGCAUCGAGCUCCCUUGUUCACGUCAGAGACACGUGAUGUGUCGUGCUGCUGCUGCUGCUGGUGGUGGUAUGGUGGUAUGGUAGUAUGGUGGUAUGUGCCUGGCAGGACCACGACAGGAUGAUGAAUAUUCACUCAUGUUCCCUUUCUUACCUAAGGUAUUGUAGGUUGUUAUUGGAUGUAAAAUGCAGCUCCCGGCAAU